UAAUGCCUCUCACCGGCCAAUAGGCAAAUAGUUCCUUACUCACAUCAAAAUUCAAGAUUUAUUACUAAAAAUAAUUGUUACCUUUAGCCACAGAACUUCAAAGGGCUCUAUUUAUAUCCAAAUUUACAGCUUCUAAUAAACACUCAAAAAUAGUCCUCUCUUUGUAUUCCUCUAUUCCAACUUAUUUGCUCCCCAUUUUCAUCCCAAGAAAUCACAUCAGCAAUGGCCAAGAUUGUUGCAGUUUUCCUUUUGGCCCUUUUUGCCAUGUCCAUUCUUGCUACAACAGUUCUGGCUACAAAUGGCAAACACCACCAUUCUAAAAAGUAUGGACCAGGGAGCUUGAACCCCUCACAAUGCCUACCACAAUGUACGAGGAGAUGUAGCAAGACACAGUACCACAAACCAUGCAUGUUCUUCUGCCAAAAAUGUUGCAACAAGUGUUUGUGUGUUCCACCUGGUUUCUAUGGUAACAAAAGUGUUUGCCCCUGCUACAACAACUGGAAAACCAAGGAAGGAGGACCAAAAUGCCCUUGAUUUUCUACUACUUUCUUGUUUCUCACUAUUUUCUGCAUCUGUCUUUAAUUUGUGUACCUAAUCUUGUUAUUUUGUCUGCUCUCCCAUUGUAUUUUUGUCAAAUGACAAAGUCCUUUCUGUCCUCCUCGGAUAGGGGUAAGGUCUGCGCAUACACUAUCCUACCCCAAAUCCUACUUGUAGGAAUUCACUAGUUUUUUUGUUGUUGUAACAAAAGAUCAAUAUGUUCUUAAAUCUUAAUUUCCAGCUGGAAUUCUAGUUGUGUUGUAGUGCUCCUAUAGUUUGGUGUGGCCCUAUAUGAGAGCUUUCUGUUCCAAUUAUGUUGGUAUUACUAUUGUUGUGUUUUCUU